AAGGUCUAUGUCAAACAGAUUAUUACCCAUCAGAUGAUAAUGUUGGUGAUACAAAUGGAUCCGAUCUAGAAUCAUUAUUCGAUUAUUAUGGUACAGGUCAAAAUCUAAUAAUCAUUGAACUGUUAACUGAUAUUCCACGAUAUCUAUGUUGGGCAUAUAUAGUUAUAAAAUUACCAAUGUUAUUAAUAAAUAAAAUAAAUGCAACAAUUAAGAAGCGAAAUCGAAAGGAAAUCAAUCGUAUUCAUUUAACAAGAGAAGAAAAAAUUCUUUUACAUUCAUCAGCUGCUCAUUCUGUUGAAAUGCGUUAUGUACGAAAUCUUUUUCGAGGAAAUAAUGAACAUCGAAAAAGUCGUUUAUUCAUAGGACGUUUAAUACCAAAAUUUAUUUAUGAAUGGCGAGAUGAUUUUCGUUUUUCAUCACGAAUAGUUUGUGUUUAUGCAUCUGUAUUUCUUCUUCUAUAUUUUAUGACAAUACAAGCAUUGAUUCGUAUUAUACCCAUUUUGAAUGUAUUUCAAGAAUUACUCGAAGUGGUAUUUGAUGCAAUAACAACAAUAGGUGAUUCAUUAAAUAUCCAAAAAGAUUUUCCAAUGCCCAAUUUACUUCGUCCAUUUGUUUUUGCUAUAUUAACAGCAUUUGUAGUAACAGUAAUUCAAUUGUUAAUUCUAUUAGCAAGUAUUCGACGAAAUUUAUUUCAAAUCUAUCGUGGUGAUGAUUCAGAAAUUCCACUAAGAAAUAAAUCAAAAUAUCUUAGUUAUGCAGGAGGUAAUUUUCAUUUUGCUGGUUAUUUUAUUGGUUAUCUUAUAUGGGGUUAUGUUUUAAUUGCUGUUUUUGCAUUGAUUAUUUAUAUAUGUAUUGCUUCAUUUAUUACAUUUGGUAGUGUUAGAUUUCUUGAAAAAAUUCUCAAAUCAAUAAUACCAGUCGUAUUAUUAAUUAUUUUCAAACAAUAUCUUAAUAAUUUAUUAGCAAGAUAUGUCUUUUUACAACAUUAUGGAGAUAUAUUAGCAAUAAAUAAUCGGAGAAUAUUGAUGAUAUUUUUAUAUUUUAAUUUCUUUCUCGAUUCAUUUCUUGGUUUUGUUUCAUCGAUAGUUCGUAUUAUUAAAAGUGUUAUUGGUGGAUUUUUAUAUAUGACUCGUCUUGAUUAUUCACCAUUGGGUAGAAAACUUGAAACAUUAGAUUCAGGAUUUUCGGCUUAUUGUGGUUUUAUUCAUAUUGAAGCUGUUCAUCGAAAUCCAAUCAUGUUAGUAGCUGUAAGUUAUUUAUAUGGUCGAAUGAAAGCAAAACAGUAUAUACUUAAUAAUCGGAUAGUAACAAUAGAAAACGAAAAGAAUUAUUCAUCGAAAGCAAUUCGAAAAUGGCAUUUAGCAGUAUUCUUAUUACGAAAUCCGAGAUUAGUAUUUUCAAGAAAAAAUGCUCUUCGUGAAAAGGAGAAUAAAAAUACGGAAGCAUUAAAUGCAAAACUACGAAGAUUAUCACUCAUUGAACAAAUAACCCAUCGACCAAGUCUUAUUUCAGAAAACGAUUUAGAAAAUAUGUGGCAAAAAUAA